AUGUCUUCUCUCACAGAUUCCACCACCUCCUCCUCUCGCACAUCUUCGAUAAGCUCAGCAACGAGCGUGAAAAGUUCAAAUGACAGCUCAAAUGCGGGUGUUGGGAAGAAGAAGUUUUGCUGUAGUUUUGCGGGGUGCGGAAAGUCGUUUUCAAGGAGUGAACAUUUACACCGUCACGCUUUAAACCACAAAGAUGGAAACCACACAUGUUUGCGCUGCCGUGCACAUUUUCGACGCCGCGAUCUUCUUGACAGGCACAUGAAUCGUCAUAAGGAAAAAGAUGAUGAGGCUGGUGGUGAAGGAUUAGGUGUAUUGGCUACCAGAAAGAGACUUUGGAGAGACGCCGACGGAAACAUCGUAGCUACAAGAAGACCAUCAUAUGUGCAAGAAGGGACCAAACGCAGACAAACAACCACGAGAGCGGACAGAAAAAUGAAAGUGAGCACUCGAACAGAUGCUCAAGAUCAAAUCGGCACUCACCAGUUAUUAUCUCCACCAAUGAACACUCCCACUAUUAGAUCAAAGUCGCCAUCUACGAUUGUGAUGGGUAGCGGAAGACCAUAUCCAGAAGCUGAAGGACACCAGAGAUUUGAAUCACACCAUUCUGUUCCAUGGAACGGUAUGACCGCAUCCAUACCAUCGCCGCCAACUUCAGAGCCUAGCAUCCGCUCUGCAAACCAAUCACCAGCUCCGGAACUCAGUGAUCUUGACGGGCUUUACGAAGAAACUACCUGGCCCACCAUCCCAAAUUCUCUACCUCAAGCUCCCUCGCUCAACCGCCAACUCCCCGAACCUACCGAAUACAACAUGGGUCCUUCACAUCAUUGGGGCUCACAACCUUUCCAAACUUUUAUGGGUGCAAUGCCAGAGGUUCCUGGGAGCUACGAUGACAUAUUCAAACCUGAACCGGGAAUGUAUGAGUGGCAGAUGCCGCAAUGGAACAAUCAGAUGCUGAUGUCAAGGGUGAGGGAGGAAAAGCCUGGGUACGAGGCGCAAGAGGAACCGAAGAGGGAAUGGGGUUAUUCAUAUUCUGCGCAAGGGGGAAAUUUCCAUAGGACUUAUGGUGUUGGCAGGUGUUAA